ACUAAGCUAUUUUUAUCAAGAAAAGCAUGGGAGCAGGAACGUAACAUUAGUGUUUUAUUUUCACUUUUUCUUCACAUACAUCAAAAUCUUGAAUACAUCAAACAUUAUGGAUGAAAGGAAUGAAUUGCACUAUGUGAAGCUAACAAGAGAUCAAUCUCCAUUGGAAGAUAUCACACCUGGAGAAUUGAAUCAACCAAUUGAUGUUCCACAGUUGGCUGUUCGGAAGUGCAUUGAAUGUGGGCAGCCAUUGCCUGAAAGCUAUGCACCUCCUGCUGAUGAAGCUUGGACGACUGGAAUCUUUGGGUGUGCUGAAGAUAAUGAAAAUUGCAUGACAGGGUUGUUUUGCCCUUGUGUAUUAUUUGGACGGAAUGUAGAAAGCUUGAAUGAAGAAACUCCAUGGACAGGGCCAUGCAUUUGUCAUGCAAUCUUUAUUGAAGGUGGAGCAGCUUUGGCAGCAAUAACCACAAUCUUCAAUGGCUACAUAGAUCCAGGAACAGCCUUCCUCAUUUAUGAGGGUUUGCUUUUUAGUUGGUGGAUGUGUGGCAUUUACACUGGUCAAGUUCGACAAACCUUGCAAAAGAAAUAUCAUUUGAAGAACUCGCCAUGUGACCCAUGUUGUGUACAUUGUUGGUUGCAUUGGUGUGCUUUGUGCCAAGAGCAUAGAGAGAUGAAGGGAAGACUCUCAGAUAAUAUUGGCUCAGAGAUUACUAUUGUAAAUCCUCCUCCUAUUCAAGAGAUGAAAACCACUAAUAAUGCUAAUAAAGAAAAGGCUGAACCCUCUUCCACUAGGAACAAUAAUAAUGAUCAUACCGGUUUAGAACUACAAGUUGUUAAUAUUUAGAACCAACCAUUAUGGGUGUGUUUGGUAACCACGUUUGAAGAAGAAAAGCACGUUAGAACUUCUUGAAAGCUUCACUUUUUUGUUUGGCUAAAUUUCUUCUUUACAAACACAGAAGUGAUUUUGUUCAUAAAAUCACGUUUACAAGAAGUAAUAAUUUCUAGCUUCUCCGUUGCACUAACGUGCUUUUAGCCAAUACCUUCAAUAUUUAUUUUUUUUUACCAACUUUAUCCUUUAUACAUGUUAUUGCAUUAUUCAUAGAAUUCUUA